AUGAAUCAGAUGAACGUCGCUGGGAUGAACCCGGGAGCAGGCGGUCCCGUCGGUGGCAUCCCCAUGAUGAACAACGGCUCGUCAGCCCCGCGCAGUGAUCCCAACGGCCAGAGUCUUCAGGGAGACAAUAUUGUGCAAUUAAACACCUAUAUCUACGACUAUUUCCUCAAACGCGGUUAUCAUGAUUGUGCAAGAGCCCUAAUACAAGAUGAAUCGUUUACCAUGAGCACUUCUCCCGCCUCCAAGUUGACUCCAUCACACCGCCGCGAUGGAGAAAUGAAUGGCGUUGACGGUGAUGCAAUGGCCACGGAGUCCAAGGACGAUGUGAAUAAACAAAGAAUACCUGACGACCUUCCGCGACCAAAUAUACCUCCAGGCCCUGGCGGAGACUUACAACAAACCCCUUUUCUCCUCGACUGGUUUAACCUUUUCUGGGAUAUUUUUUUGGCCCAACGGAAACGAAGUAAAAACCCGGACGCGAUGCAUUAUGUCCAACAGACCCAGCAAUUGCUGCGCAUGCAAAACCAGCAAAUGUUGCGCCAGUCGCAAAUGAUGCCUGCGCAAUAUAACAUGCGCACAGCCCGUACUGGCAUGAUUCCUGCCAAUAUUCAAAAGACCAUGAUGCAGAACCCAAAUAUGACGCCCCAACACAUGGCGCAGCUGCAGAAAAAUCAACAAAUGCUGCAUCAUCAGAUGCAACGUGAACCUUCUGAGAUGGAAAUGAACGGCCAUCGACCUCAAUCGCCGUCGUCUGCCGAAAACGCUCCAUCACCUUCGAAGCGUCCUCGUUUAGACGGCUCGCAGGUAAAUGGAAUGCAGAUGGCACCAAAUGGGCGUGGGCAGGGCCAAAUGCCUGGCCGUCCAGCCCACCAGGCCAACGCGAUGUUGAUGCAGCACGGGAUCAACCCGAACAACUUGACUCCUGCACAGUUCAGUUCGUUCCAGGCGCAAAAUCCUUCUGUACAAGCAAAAUCUCUCCAGGUAUAUAAUCAAAGCAUGGCUCUACAUAACAAUCGCUCAGCAAUGAAUAACCAGGGUAUGCCGAAUGGCUUAAUGAAUCCCGGAGUCAUGCCAAACCAAGGUGACACCAUGCCCAUGCAUGAUGGUCAGCUCUUGCCAAUGCAAGAAUAUUAUGGCGCAAACGGCCAAAUGGCGCAAGUUCCGCGACCACAAAUGCAAACGCCUGGCUCCGGGAAUCAUGCCCUCCAAGAUUAUCAAAUGCAGCUGAUGCUUCUGGAGCAGCAGAAUAAACGUCGCCUGCUCAUGGCUCGUCAGGAGCAAGACAGCAUUACCCGAGGCGAUGGAAGUCGGGCCGGCGCAUCCCCGAACCCGAAUGAUCAGAUGAAGAGAGGCACCCCGAAGAUGCCUCAGUCUGGUCUACCUGGCUCUCCUUCUGUUGGUGAUGCGAUGGCCCAGGGUCGCAGCUCUCCUGCGUCAAUGAACUUUGGUGGCCAGAUGCCGCAAGAAAUGGGCGGGGCAUUUUUCAUGAACAAGAAUAUGCCAGAGGGUGUCGUUCAGAAUGGAAUGAGACCGCCAAGUUCGAACCCGGCAUUCAGCGGCCCUCAAAUGGCCCAACCUAUGGAUGCCAUGUCGCGACCGCAAGGCCCUGGCGCUGCUGGGCAAUCGAAUGCCAAGCAACCCAUGAUCCAACAGCAGCAAGGUGGGUCAGCCGCCCCAGCCUGCGGAACCCCACAAGAGCGCAACGCUAUGCCACCUCCUCAAGCGCCCCCAGCCGGCGUCGCUGGUGCAGGCCGGGCACAACCUUCCUCUCCCCAAUCUGGGGCGGCUCCUCCAACUCCACAGCAGUCCAAUAAGCCAGCUCCCAAGGGGAAGAAGGAACCAAAGGAAAAUCCAAGAAAGCGGCCUCCAAAGAAACCGUCUACAGCCAACGCGUCGAAUACCGCCGCGACUCCAUCGUCGGAAGCCGAACCACCCCCAACUCCCACGCCACCUACUCCUAUCACCCCUGUCCAUCCGAACUCAUUCAACAAGAACACGACGAACCCAACUACAAACGCUCCCCAACCCACCUCCGCACCCGCUGCGCAAAAUCUUAUUCAACAACAACAAGAUCCUAACCAGACAUUCGACAUGAAUCUUUCAGAUACCAACAAUUACAACCUCGACUUCACCGCUUUGGACAAUCCGGAUAUCCUAGAGAACUUCGACUUUGACUCGUUCCUAAACACAGAUGAUCCGAAUGGAUUCGGUUUCGACCCGAAUAUCCCAUACCCGGCCGAUGGUGUUGAAGCGGGUGCUGGAGAUGGCUUGUAA